AUGGAGUGCAGAGACAAAGCAGCUGGGCCUCCCAGGAAGCUCGUCCAAGCUCGACUGCCCUUCAAACGUUUGAAUCCAGUGCCAAAGGAAACGUUGGAGCCUGAUUCCCAAGGCAAAAAAGUGAAGAGUUCCCAGGGUGGUUUUGAUCCCACUAAGGAUUCCACCCUGGAUGCAUCCUCUGCAUCCCUGGACAACCUGGAGAACAACUGUCAGCUGGAUUCAGAGGGGAAUUUUUCACCAAAACUCGUGAAUGGGAAAGGUCCAUUAGACCAUUUUAUCCAGAAAAGCACAAAAGUGAAUCCAAAUGAACCUGUGAUUUUCAUUGACCUGACAGAGGGCACGAGCCACAGACUCAGUGAUGGUGUAGACCAUGUUCAUGUUGAUCCAAAAGCUUCUUCAUUCCCAGCUGUGAGUAAUGGCACAUUAGGAAAAGAGAGAAACCAGCUGAGCUGCCUGAAUUCCAGUCAGAGAAGCCAAAUGGGUGAUCCCUUGGAGACUGGUGGACCUUGUGAAGCUGCAGGGGAUGAAGAGGAGUUGGUUGGUGGGAUCCAGGCACGUUCUGGGAUAACAGAGUGUGAGGGUGUGGAAGAGACCAAGGGAAACCAGAGCAAACUGAAGGACAUCAUCUUUGAGGGGAAGAUGCCUGUGGUGCUCCUGGAGGACAUCAUGACAGCAAUGCCACCCCAGGGGGUUUCUCUGGAUGGAAGUGUCACGUCAGGAAGUGAGACCAUGGAAUCAUCUCAUGAAGGAGACUCUGGACUUACCAGCUCCUCCCUGAGCCCUCACUCUGGGAGCUCCCCUGAGGCUCAGGCUGCUGCAGAACCCAAGAGGAGCACCAGUCCCCUGGCUGCCUCCACACCCCUCAGGAAGGUGUCUCAGAAGUGCCACAGAAGCUCAGCUGAGAAGGAGAAGCUUCGGUUGCAAAGAGACCAGGAACGUGCAGACAAACUGCAGAAGCUGCAGGCGGAGCGAGAGGAAAAGGGGAGGCUGAAGGAAGAGGCAAAAGCUGCAAAAGAAAGAGCCAAGGAGGAGGCCAAGAAGAAGAAAGAGGAAGAGAAAGAGUUGAAAGAGAAAGAAAGGAGAGAAAAGAGAGAGAAGGAAGAGAAGGAGAAAGCUGAGAAGCUGAGAGUCAAGGAGGAGAAACGCAAGGAGAGGCAGGAAGCUCUGGAGGCAAAACUCGAGGAGAAGAGGAAGAAAGAAGAGGAGAAACGGUUAAGGGAGGAGGAAAAGCGAAUUAAUGCCCAGAAAGCAGAAAUCACCAGGUUCUUCCAGAAACCAAAGACUCCACAAGCCCCAAAGAUUCUUGCUGGUUCUUGUGGAAAGUUUCCUCCUUUUGAAAUUAAGGAGAACAUGGUUUUAGCUCCUCUCUCCCGUGUUGCCCUGGAUCCUGACUUGUUGGAGCAGCUGGAUAAGCUCCUGUGUGCCCAGAAUAGUGAAGGUUCCUUCUUGAGGGAUCUAAAGUGUCGGAAACCACGGAAAACUGGACCCACUUUGGUCAGUAGCAGCACUGACACAGUGAACAGUGACGUGGUGGUUGUGGAUAACUGCAAACCAGAUGCUGUUCCAGAAAGAGGGAAGUUUGGUCGGAUGAAACUCCUGCAGUUCUGUGAGAAUCACCGUCCUGCCUAUUGGGGCACGUGGAACAAGAAAACCUCUGUGAUCCAUCCCAGGAACCCAUGGUCAAAGGACAGUAAACUCCUGGACUAUGAAGUAGAUAGUGAUGAGGAAUGGGAAGAGGAGGAACCUGGAGAAAGUCUCUCCCAUAGUGAAGGGGAUGAUGAAGAGGAGGGAGAGGAUGAAGAUGAUGACGAUGGGUUUUUUGUACCCCAUGGGUACCUAUCUGAAGAUGAAGGAGUGACAGAAGAGUGUGACCCAGAGAACCAGAAGGUCCGUCAGAAGCUGAAAGCCAAGGAAUGGGAUGAGCUGAUGGCCAAGGGGAAGAGGCUCCAUGUCCUGCAGCCUGUGAAGAUUGGCUGUGUCUGGGAAGGCCCAGGGAAGGACAGCAGCUCCAGUGCAGACCUGAAGGUUCUCCAGCAGUUCACAGCCUGUGUCCUGGAUUCACUCGGCCCAGAGGAGGAGCAGCAGAUACAGAAAGGCAGUAAAAGAAGAGCAAAAGAUCAGCAAAUUCUUGCCCAGCUUCUCCCUCUGCUUCAUGGCAACGUCAACGGGAGCAAAGCCAUCAUCCAGGAAUUCCAGGAAUGCUGCCGGCAGGGACUGUUCAGCGAGGUGGUGGCAGCUGCUGAUGGCAGUGACAACAGCCCCACGAGUCCCCACCCCUCCAGACCACAGACCCCAGUGGGUGAGGACAGUGGUGUCCCUUCCAAAGCCAGGCUAAAGAGAAUCAUUUCAGAGAACUCUGUGUAUGAGAAGAGACCCGAGUACCGGAUGUGCUGGUACGUCCACUCCGAGGUGCUGAAGAGUUUGGACCAAGAGCACCUCCCUGUCCCCUGCCAAUGGAACUACGUCACCCAGGUCCCUUCUGCAGGGAAGGAGGAAGGUGGCAACGUGCCAGCCCUGGCUGUCCCACCAGCCACCCCUGUGGCAGUGAAGAGGAAGGCCACGGGGAGCAUGUCCAUCACCAGGUUCAUGAAGAGACCUCGGAACGCUGAGCAGGCUGAAGCUGUGGAGAUGGAUGGAUUCCAGGCAGACACUGAGGAAGAUGAGGAAGAUGAUGACUGCAUGAUUGUGGAUAUACAGCCAGGAAAAGGUGGGAAGAUCAGUGGGUAG